GGCGGCGGGAGCAUGGUUCAGGUCCGGUGGAGUUGGGGGCCCGGGCGGGUACGCCCCGCCGCCUAGUGAGCGCCCGGGCGGCGCGGGCCCGGGACCGAAACAGCCACGCCAGGCCCGAGGAGAACGGGGCUGAGGUGUCUGAGAUGCCGCUGCCACAGAAGAAGCGCUGGGUGUCCAUGGCCAAGGGGCUGGUGCUGGGCGCACUCUUCACCAGCUUCCUGGUGCUGCUGUACUCCUAUGCUGUCCCCCCACUGCACGCCGGCCUGGCCUCCAUAAGGACCCCAGAAGGCACAGCGCCCUGCUCCCCGGAGCCCGCUGAGCCGGAGACCCAGACCCCGGCCAACAGCUCUGUGGGAGCUUGCCAGCCUCGGCGCGACAUCGUGUUCAUGAAGACGCACAAGACGGCCAGCAGCACGCUGCUCAACAUCCUGUUCCGCUUUGGCCAGAAGCACCGGCUCAAGUUCGCCUUUCCUAAUGGCCGCAACGACUUCGACUACCCAGCCUUCUUCGCUCGCAACCUGGUGCAGGACUACCGGCCCGGCGCCUGCUUCAACAUCAUCUGCAACCACAUGCGCUUCCACUAUGACGAGGUUCGCGGGCUGGUGCCGCCCAACGCCACGUUCAUCACCGUGCUCCGCGACCCCGCCCGUCUCUUCGAGUCCUCCUUCCACUACUUCGGUUCGGUGGUGCCCUUCACGUGGAAGCUCUCGGGCCGCGACAAGCUGGCCGAGUUCUUGCAGGAUCCGGACCGCUACUACGACCCCAACGGCUACAACGCCCACUACCUCCGCAACCUGCUCUUCUUCGAUCUGGGCUACGACAGCGGCCUGGACCCUGGCGACCCGCAGGUGCAGGAGCACAUCCUGGAGGUGGAGCGCCGCUUCCACCUGGUGCUCCUGCAGGAGUACUUCGAUGAGUCCCUGGUGCUGCUCAAGGACCUGCUGUGCUGGCAGCUCGAGGACGUGCUCUACUUCAAGCUCAACGCCCGCCGCGCCUCUGCCGUGCCGCGCCUCUCCGGGGAGCUGUACCGGCGCGCCACGGCCUGGAACGUGCUGGACGCCCGUCUCUACCGCCACUUCAACGCCAGCUUCUGGCGCAAGGUGGAGGCGUUCGGGCGAGAGCGCAUGGCCCGGGAGGUGGCCGCCCUGCGGCGCGCCAACGAGCGCAUGCGGCGCAUCUGCAUCGACGGGGGCCGGGCUGUGGACGCCGCCGCCAUCCAGGACUCGGCCAUGCAGCCCUGGCAGCCGCUGGGCGCCAAGUCCAUCCUCGGCUACAACCUCAAGAAGAGCAUCGGGCAGAGGCACGCGCAGCUCUGCCGUCGCAUGCUCACGCCUGAGAUCCAGUACCUUAUGGACCUCGGCGUCAACCUGUGGGUCACUAAGCUCUGGAAGUUCAUCCGGGACUUUCUGAGGUGGUGACACCCCGCCCACCCGCAGCCCCCUAGGCCAGCUGGAUCGCUGAGGAGGGGCUGCGUGGGGGCGCAGGGGGUGGGGUGCCGCCGGCCUCCGCUGGGCCCUCCUGGUGCCAUCCCGGCUCCCGGGGUGAGGUAGGGUCUGCUGCGGGGGGCACGGCCAAGCCGGAUCGGGGCCCUCGGCAGGCAGGGCCUCAGAUCAGUAUUUGACUAAUUCUAGUUUUGUUUUUGUUUUUUUGUUUUGUUUUAUUUUUUUUUAAAGAAUUAAAUCCUCUUCCCUCCAAAAAAGAAUGUUCUAUUUCCUGCCUCCCCUUAAAGGGGAGAGUUCAGAAGUAAAGGCGUUUGAUGUUGUGUUUUUUGUUAA